CGACAACGUCGUGUACAAAUUGGCUGGUGAAGAACCACGAGACUCGUCUCGACCGCCUCUUCACCUCCCACCUUCCUCGUCGCCUGCGAACCCAGUUCGGCGGCCUGUAGCUCUGAACCAUGGCCGAAAAGUCCCCUGACGACAAGCCCGUCACGGCGGGUCACGCCGUAGAUGAAGAAUCUCUAGAGACGAGAAGCGUUCAGAAGGGCGACGUCCUGGGCCUUGAAUCCGUGGACCCGGUCCUCAACGCAAAGAUGCACCUCGUGAACGACGCAAUCGAUGAGAUCGGAUUCACGACAUACCAAGUCAAGCUUUUCUGCUUGAACGGUUUUGGUUACGCUACAGACAGUCUGCUUCUGCUCCUCCAAUCCAUCACGUCUACUUACGCCGCUUAUCAAUUCGAACCCUCGUAUCCAAAGGGGCUUACCAUAGCUGCGUAUGUGGGGAUGCUCGUGGGCGCUUUGUUUUGGGGUCUUAGCGCAGACAUAAUCGGCCGCAAAUUCGCCUUUAACUGCUCCUUGUUGAUCAGUUCGAUCUUCGCCAUCGUCGCGGGUGCUUCGCCAAACUGGAUCGUUCUCGGCACAUUCGUGUGUCUUAGUUCGUUCGGCGCUGGAGGAAAUCUUGUGUUGGACACCACCGUCUUUUUGGAGUAUCUACCGAGCAGCAAGCAAUGGCUGUUAACCUUGAUGGCCUGCUGGUGGGGCCUAGGUCAGCUGAUUGCAGGUCUGUUCGCGUGGGCAUAUCUUCCAAAUUACAGCUGCAAUCCAGAUGCGGAGGCAUGUAAUAACCACAACAACCCCGGCUGGCGAUACGUGUGGUACACCAGCGGUGCACUUGUCUUCGUGAUGAGCAUUUUACGUAUCACAGUCAUCCGCUUGCACGAGACACCUAAGUACCUUGUUGGCGAAGGCCGUGACGCUGACGUCGUGGCAUCACUGCAAGCGAUUGCCACCAAGUACAACAGGACGUGUUCGCUCACGCUUGAAAAGAUGCAGGCCUGCAAUAUUCCCGGAGAAGAACUCGGAACCAGACGCCGCAAGAGCGUGGCAGCUCAUGCAAAGGCUCGCUUCUCUCCCGCAGAAGUCAUCACGCACUUGAAAGGCCUCUUCGAGACGAAACGUAUAGGCCUCUCUACAACUCUUAUCUGGUUCUCUUGGUUGCUCAUAGGCCUCGCAUACCCGCUGUACAACGUUUUCCUGCCUACCUAUCUCAAGACCCGCGGCGCCAACUUCGGCCAGGACAGCGACUAUGUCACCUGGCGCAACUACGCUCUUGCCAAUUUCUCGUCAAUCUGGGGUCCUGUUCUCGCAGGGUUGAUGUGCGCGAGCAAGUGGUUCUGGGGCCGCAGAGGAACGAUGGUCAUUGGCGCUUUAGUUACAAUGGUCUUCUUCUUCGCCUACACGCAGGUCCGCACCGCUGCGCAGAACGUUGGCUUCAAUUGUGCAAUCAGCUUUUGCCUGAAUAUUUACUAUGGAUGCUUGUACGCGUAUACCCCCGAAGUAUUACCGUCAGCUCACCGCGGAACUGGCAAUGGUAUAGCUAUCGGUUUGAACAGAAUCAUGGGUAUCAUGUCUGCAGUCAUUGCUACUGAAGCUAAUACGUCAACGUCCGUGCCAAUCUACAUCUGUGCAGCAUUGUACGUUGUCAUGGCAAUAGUAGCUGCAGCGUUUCCUUUUGAGCCAUAUGGCUCUCGGUCUUCAUAACCUGCACAGAGGAGGGCAUUUUGGAAGUCUUGAGGACGUGCGCGGUGACUCCACAUCCUUGCGCACCGAAGAUACGCGUGUUAUGUGGUUUCAAGAGAAUAUUAUACCCCAAUGUAUUCGGCAUUCAGCUCCGUUUUCAUCUCCAGCUCUCGCUCAGCUUGUUUGUUGAAUGCUUCUUUCCGGAAAUAACACCUAACCAUAGAAGUUUUGCUUAAGUGUGCAUUGAACCGGACAAAUUUAACUCUUGCCUCAGCUUUGAUGGCUUGAGAAUCAUCAAAGCCAUGUCUGUUGCAUUGACCCGAAUUGCUUAUUCGUCGCAAGAAAAUCAGAGGAGGCAGCUUGCGGCCUCCAAAAUGGCCACUUCGUGUUACAACACCUAGCAACUGUGGGCUAGUUACAAUCUUGUGGCUAGACUCCUACAGGUCAAGUCAGCCUUGGUGUGAGAUCGUGUAGCCGCAGAUGUGGAAUAUUGCCCUUCGAAUCACGGAU